CAGCGACCGAACGGGGAAACCGAAAUAAGCAAAGGGGUGCCGUUUCGUCCUUUCCUUGCCGUAUGGGAGUGGAGGCAUCCCAUGUAUACGAAAGAGGUGAUUCCGGACGCUGUCGAAACUGGAGGUUUGCCGGUCAGACUUGUUGACUUUUGUUCCGUCGGCGAAUUUUCUUUCCCAGUUGUGGAACGUCAUCGCGCUAUUCGUUUCUCCCGGUUCCUCAUGUAAUUUUUCUUGGUUCUUUACCGCCUCCCUUGUGAAUCACACUGCUUCUCGGCCUUGACAGCUGCUGCUCGAGUGUACGUCCACUGAAAGUUAGUCGUCCGUUCGCCGCGAUAUUUUUGCCUGGCACUGCCGGAACUGCCAGUCUCCUGCAGCCUCUCGCGCUACUUUCUUUCUUCACGUCCCCGUCUUCGCUUCCUUACGUGUUAUGGAUUAAAUCCAGGGAGAUUCUCUCUGCGUUUUGCCGUCGUUUCUCUGGAGUCUUCGCGAGAGAGGCAGCGCGUUUCCUCCGGCCCUGCCACACCAUUUUAAUUGCAAAACGAAACGAUCGCCUGCACCGCUCUCUUAUGCUUCCGUAAAUGGCGGGUACAGAAGUGCAGGCGUCGUCGCCGCCCUCCUCGGCACUCGCCUUGCGGACUUCGUCGCCUCCGCCUCAGGGUUUGACAAACGGCGCGUCUCCUAAGUUUCUUGCCCAGGCGCUUCCUCUGGCACACUUGGUCGACACCCUCCCGUACGUCGAUGCGUUGACACCCGAACAAAAUGAAGAAGCAAAGAGUUUAAUUCAACAGGAACUGGUUCUUAUGAACCGCGAGCGCCGAGCGAGGCGGCAAAACGCCGGCCGAAGCAGCGACGAAGAAGCGUCUUCUCUCGAGGACGAGCUCCUCAAAGAGUACCUCGAUGAGCUUCUUCCAGCUCCGCGAACGCCGCAUCUGGACAAUCCGAACUCGCUGGUCGGGAGAGAACUCCUGCGACUCAAACGAGGCGAACCGAUGCAGAAACUGGACUUGAGUCGACUGUACGAAGCGGCGCCUGCUCCCCCUAAAUCGGGCGACACUGCGGAGUGGCGCAAGUCCAUCACGACUUGCGAGUCUCUUCUCGAGCACCUGAGUUUGGGUCAGACAAAUCUCGAUUUGAUGAACAUUCACGCGAUUUCGUCUUGGACGAGACAUCUCCAGGGGCUCAUGGCACAGGAGAGCCACUGGGAGUCGGCUUUGAAGCGCGUGCGGACAGAAGUCGAUGCUGUCAGCAAAACGAGGAAGCUUGAGCAAGUGGAAUGUGGCAACGCCCUUCGAAAUCUGAACCGCACAAAAGAGGACUACGAGAUCAGAAACCGGGAAAUCAUGGGUGCACUUGCGCACUUGAACGAAGAAGUUGCUGAGCUGAAACACAAGUGCCGUGUCAGAGGUCUCCUUCCAGAGGACUACGAUAGCGACCCUGAGGAAGAGGAGGCAACCUGGGCUGCACCUGUGGCGGCGGCAGCGUUGGGGUCAGAAGCAACAGUGUCGGAAUCACCGUCUUCCUCUGUUCCUUCUUCGUCCAGUGCAGCAACGGAGCAUUCUUCUCUUCACAAUGAACGCCCUCAAGGCGUUUCCUCGUCUUCGCGAGCUCACCUCAGCCGAGAGGAAGAUGAUGCGGUCGACUACGAUGACGCCUAGGGAAACAGAGUGUUUUUCUUCGUCUCUUCCACCUGAGCAAGAAAUGCCAGGACGGCGGUGGAGAGCUUGUUUGCUUCCGUCUGCUCGUGCUCGAGUGUCUCUGGGGCUUCCCUUGGACUGCAUGCAUUGGUUUGCUUCAGACAUCGACUCCAGUUUCGAUUAACAAACUCGCAUCAGCGACUUCCUUGUUGGCAUCUAUUAUGCAACAGCCUCUUGGCGACAGCGGCAAGCGUGUCUGUCUCGAGUUCUCUUUUCUUUCUUCUCUGUCUUCUCUACCUUUCUUCUUUCCCCUUCGUUUUUCCUUUCCUCACAUCCUUAUGAUCCCUUGUCUAGUUGCUCUCUGCCGGUCGUUUCCUCUUCUUCUUCUUCUCAUCAAUUCUUCCCCCUCCCCCCCUGUCCUUUUUCUCUUUUCGCCGGUUCGAUUUCUGUCACCGUGCGCCUGUCCUAAGCGCAACACAGGCAGCGACACAGCUAGAGAAGAUGCUCCGCUUAGACAUCAGCCACGAAAGUUGCUGUCCUCUCGAAAGAUAGCAGACUAACUAACUAACCCCCCUUCUUUCGACAGAACAGCCAGACAGCGACUGUCCUUUCAAACUGC